GAUAUUGAGAUUGAGCUUUUGAUGCAAUUUACUGUCACUGACUCACUGAUUCUCUGAAAUGAUGUGUAGAGUUUAAAGCGGAUAUUAUUUUUGUUUUCAGCCACAAGGCUCAAUUCACUUUGGAACAGAGGAAGUCCAGACACAAACCAUACUAAUGAUUAGGUAAAACCAGUGUCUUAUUGUGAUAACAGGUGAUACAUCUUUUAGUCUGUUCAGUCACAGAUAGUUGAUCAGCAUCUUUCUCUGUUGCAGUCCAAGAAUGGCUUCGGGAAUGCAAGAGAUACAGUACACUCCAUCUCUACUCAGUUUUUUCAUCUAUAAUCCUUCAUUUGGGCCUCGGGAGGGAGAGGUGAGCUCCACUUGGUGGUUUUGAUCUCCUGUGUGUGUUUCACAUGUUCUCACUGUGAACUUCAACCAAAGCGAACAUGAACUCUUCAUCAGCUCAAUGUUUGCUGCUUUAAAUUAUACAAUGUGAAUAUGUCAACUUUGUGGUCUCCAUUUAAAUACUGUGCCUCAUGGAAACUGUCUCCUUGAAUGUAUUAUAGGAGGAGAAGAAGAUUUUAUUCUACCAUCCUAGUGAGGUUGAGAAGAAUGAGAAGCUCCGUAAUGUCGGCCUUUGUGAGGCCAUUGUACAGUUUACCAGGUACACAAGAACUACUAACAAAUCAAUCAUCUGGAAAUACAUCUUACAUCUAUGUUAGUUGUGUGUAUUGACUUCCUAUCCCCUGGCCUGACCACCAUCUUUGCUAUAUUCCAGAACCUUCUGUCAAACAAAGCCUGCUAAAUCCCUCCACACACAGAAGAACAGGCAGUAUUUCUUUGAAGCGGAGGACAGUUUCUGGAUCGUCAUGGUACGCUGGUGUUCCAGCUCCUUUACACAUAUUAUAAAUUGAGUGUACAAAACAUUAAGAACACUUCCUAAGAUUGAUUUGCACCCCCUUUUGCCCUCAGAACAGCCUCAAUUCGUCGGGGCAUGGAUUCUACAAGGUGUCGAAAGCGUUCCAAAGGGAUGCUGGCCCAUGUUGACUCCAAUGCUUCCCACAGUUGUCAAGUUACUUGGAUGUCCUUUGGGUGGUGGACCAUUCUUGAUACACACGGGAAACUGUUGAGCAUGACAAACCCAGCAGCAUUGUAGUUCUUGACACAAUCAAACUGGUGCACCUACUACCAUACCCCAUUUCAAAGGCACUUAAAUAUUUUGUCUUGCCCAUUCACCCUCUGAAUGAUACACAAUCCAUGUCUCAAGGCUUAAAAAUCCUUUGUGAACCUGUAUCCUCCUUCAUCUACACUGAUUGAAGUGGAUUUAACAGGUGACAUCAAUAAGGGAUCAUAGCUUUCACCUGGUCAGUCUGUCAUGGAAAGAGCAGGUGUUCCUAAUGUUUUGUACACUCAGUGGUUGCGCCCUCUACUUGUCUUUUUGAGAAGUCAUUAGGUAUCCUAGGAUACUUUUAAAUCAAUAAUACCUCUCCUCUACCUGUCCAGGUGGUACGGAACCCGAUGGGAGAAAAACCCAAUAAAGAUGGGAAACCUCCUUCAAUAGAAUAUCAGGAAGAGGAAAUACUUGUAAGUCUUAUUUUGUUGCGUCUUUUAUUCAUGUUUAUUGAUCUUUGUCUAUAUAAGAGUGAAUUCAACUCUUCUUUGCAGAACUUUUAUUUCUUAUUCAGAUGUUUAUUCUCAUUUGUUCCUGUAGGACACAGUUUAUGGUGCAGUACUACGGGAAUGCUACAGUAUGUACAAGGUGAGCACCUGGUUGGGGCUCGGGAGUAUAACUCAAGUCAUACUGGCCCACAUUCUUUAGUAAAGAUUGUGUAAGAACCUUACAUCUAGUAAGGAUGUGUUUAGCUGAUGGUUCUUUACGCUGCUCUUUUCUCCAGCUCUUCAACGGCACAUUUGGCAGAGCAAUGGAAGCAGGCGGGGUGGAGCUGCUGAUGCAGAAGCUCGAAACGUUCUUCUACAGGGUAAAACAAAUCAAACACUACAUAGUAAAUGCUUCUCUGCAUCUAUAUGCAUGAUGAUUGGGGCACUAGGUGGGGAGUUAUUUGUAAUGUUUUAUUGGAUGCAGAACAUUUUGUUUUACACGUGUGCCUAUAUACUUUGAGAAAUGUAGCUUGAUUGCACUGUUCAACUGAAAUCGUCCAAGCACGUUGUGUUUUCUCAAAUGUUUUCCUAGGAGCAGGGCACUGCUAUUUCAAUGCCGGAUUCUUUAUUACUUGUGAAAUUGAUUAGCAUAUCUUUGUAAAAAUAACGUAUAUAUUAGACACCCAUUGACUCUUACUUCUUAGUAUGUCCUACCUCUUAUGCUGCGUUUAGACCAGGGACGCAAAAACCGUCAUACCAGUUGGCAUAGCGGGACAAGAAAGCAAGAAAGAGUGUGACGGCAAAACCAAGCCAGCACGACUGUAUGCGUUGUUAUGGUGAUGUCAGUAAACAACAGGGCAAAUCAACAUCCGGUAGUAAAACAACGCUACGGCAAAAGUUUAAAUAUUUGAACUUUGGCGGCGAGUCCCAUCUACCGUGGCGGCUGACAGCAUUCACCGCCAGGUCAACGGCAUUUACCGUCGUGCUGACAUUGAAAACAAUGACAUACGGUUUGCCGUCUACCUCGUACCAUCUAAACGCAGCCUUAGCUGUCCUAGUUUUACUGUGAAGACAUUCGCAUUCGGUGUUGUAAGCUACAAUGCGUAUAUGCUAUCCACUUUGCUAACAGUUUGAUGGUGGUGUCCAGGCCAGGCUGCCUGCUUGACAGAUGCUACUGGUGCUUCUAGCCAUCAUCAGAGGGGUUGAUCUUGUAUUGAUUUUCCAGUGACUAAAUGCAGGAUCAGAUGACAGUCUUCAAAUAAGGCCUCUCCCACUAAUUAUCCCUGCUCAGAAAUAGCCCUUCCUCAAGGAGAGCUGGUCAAAGCAUCCACCAUAAUACAGGCCCAGUCCAUUUACAUCAAUGACCUGUGUUCAUUAUUCAUACCUAGCCAAUCAGAGGAAACCCCCAGCUCUCCCUAAUCCUAUCAAGGGCUUUCCCUUCCAUUAUGUAACCUAAAGACACAGAGAGGGCCUGUGGUGUCUGUAUGGUAUCCCAGGUUGAAUGUCACUGUUCUAGCAAUUCUAGAGAGCGUCCUGUCUUGUCUUUGGGAACAGCAAUGUAAGCACUAUGCAGGUAAACUAAUAUCUCCAGGUUUGACCUAACAGAGGUCCACCUUGGACAGAAAUAUUGUUGCUAUUGAAGCUGGAAAUGGGAGCAUUGUAUUGUCCAGCAUACAGUGUGCAGACCUUUUGUGUUUCUUAAUAAGUUUUCUCAGAUAUGAAAUCUGAGCAUAAUGGGAUGUGUGUAUAACGUUGCUUUCUAAGCUAACACUUCACCUUCCCCAAGUAUCACUGAUGGCUAUUAACCAAACAGAGACAUGUCUUUCUAUUCACCUUCCAUUGUCCACCCAGCCUGGGCUCCUGAGUGGCGCAGCGGUCUAAGGCACUGCAUCUCAGUGUUUGAGGCGUCACUACAGACCCCCUGGUUCAAUUCCAGGCUGUAUCACAACCGGCCGUGAUUGGGAGUCCCAUAGGGUGGCGCACAAUUGGCCCAGCGUCGUCCGGGUUGGGCCGGUGUAGGCCGUCAUUGUAAAUAAGAAUUUGUUCUUAACUGACUUGCCUAGUUAACUAAAGGUAAAAUAAAUAAAAAAUAACUGUCCCCUGGUCUCCUCCAGUACCUGCAGACGCUGCACCUGCAGUCCUGUGACCUGCUGGACGUGUUCGGGGGAAUCACCUUUUUCCCCCUGGACAAGAUGACCUACCUGAAGAUCCAGUCAUUCGUCAACAGAGUGGAGGAGAGCCUCAGCCUAAUCAAAUGCACAGCCUUUCUCUACAACGACCAGCUCAUAUGGUACGGCUGGGGGAAGCAGAUGUGUGGGGGUGGUCUGCUGUACUUUGGUCUUAAACACCUGCCCACAUGUAGAAACCAAAUUUAGCCUACAAUUUGCAAAUGCACGGGUAGGAAUGAAGCUAACAGAACUGGUUGGAGAAACAUAAGCUCUGAAUUGUAUUCUUGCAUGAUCUUGAGACACAGGCUGCUCCACCGUUCAACUGGCUCUGUAUCUAGUAGGCUCUUUUUCACGCCAAAGCCAAGGGAGGGGAGGAGAGAGCUUAUUGGGCUUCCCCUCCUGGGUAUGUGUUGUGUGUGUGCCAGGGCCCUGAUCUUAUAAAUAGCCUGCAGGCCCUUGGUGCCUCCAGGCAGCCCUUCACCACUGUAAGGUGUGGGGGAGCCUGGCAGCUCCUCAUCCCAUUAGGGUUGGGGCUGGCUAGACCUUGGCUGGGAGGCACAGAGGAGACUUUAAAUACACCUUAAUCUGAUUACAGUAACUCCCAUCCCGACAUGUCUCUCACUUUGAACUAUCGGUCUGAACUGAAACCAGGGCUUGCGAAAGUAUUCACCCCCCCCCCCUUGGCAUUUUUCCUAUAUUGUUGCCUUACCUGGAAUUAAAAUGGAUUUUUUGGGGGUUUGUAUCAUUUCAUUUACACAACAUGCCUACCACUUUGAAGAUGCAAAAUAUUUUUUCUUGUGAAACAAACAAGAAAUAAGACAAAAAAACAGAACUUGAGCGUGCAUAACUAUUCCCCCCCCCUAAAGUCAAUACUUUGUAGAGCCACUUUUUGCAGCAAUUACAGCUGCAAGUCUCUUGGGGUAUGUCUCUAUAAGCUUGGCACAUCUAGCCACUGGCAAAACUGCUCCAGCUCCAUGAAGUUGGAUGGGUUCUGCUGGUGUACAGCAAUCUUUAAGUCAUACCACAGAUUCUCAAUUGGAUUGAGGUCUGGGCUUUGACUAGGCCAUUCCAAGACAUUUAAAUGUUUCCCCUUAAACCACUUGAGUGUAGCUUUAGCAGUAUGCUUAGGGUCAUUGUCCUGCUGGAAGGUGAACCUCCGUCCCAGUCUCAAAUCUCUGGAAGACUGAAACAGGUUUCCCUCAAGAAUUUCCCUGUAUUUAGCGCCAUCCAUCAUUCCUUCAAUUCUGACCAGUUUCCCAGUCCCUGCCGAUGGAAAACAUCCCCACAGCAUGAUGCUGCCACCACCAUGCUUCACUGUGGGGAUGGUGUUCUCGGGAUGAUGAGAGGUGUUGGGUUUGCGCCAGACAUAGCGUUUUUCUUGAUGGCCAAAAAGCUCAAUUUUAGUCUUAUCUGACCAGAAUACCUUCUUCCAUAUGUUGGGGAGUCUCCCACAUGCUUUUUGGCGAACACCAAACGUUUGCAUAUUUUUUUCUUUAAGCAAUUGCUUUUUUUCUGGCCACUCUUCCGUAAAGCCCAGCUCUGUGGAGUGUACGGCUUAAAGUGGUGCUAUGGAUAGAUACUCCAAUCUCCGCUGUGGAGCUUUGCAGCUCCUUCAGGGUUAUCUUUGGUGUCUUUGUUGCCUCUCUGAUUAAUGCCCUCCUUGCCUGGUCCGUGAGUUUUGGUGGGCGGCCCUCUCUUGGCAUAUUCUUUCAAUUUUUUAAUAAUGGAUUUAAUGGUGCUCCGUGGGAUGUUCAAAGUUUCAGAUAUUUUUUUAUAACCCAACCCUGAUCUGUACUUCUCCACAACUUUGUCCCUGACCUGUUUGGAGAGCUCCUUGGUCUUCAUGGUGGCGCUUGCUUGGUGGUGCCGCUUGCUUGGUGGUGUUGCAGACUCUGGGGCCUUUCAGAACAGGUGUAUAUACAGUGGGGGAAAAAAGUAUUUAGUCAGCCACCAAUUGUGCAAGUUCUCCCAUUUAAAAAGAUGAGAGAGGCCUGUAAUUUUCAUCAUAGGUGCACGUCAACUAUGACAGACAAAUUGAGGAAAGAAAAUCCAGAAAAUCACAUUGUAGGAUUUUUUAUGAAUUUAUUUGCAAAUUAUGGUGGAAAAUAAGUAUUUGGUCACCUACAAACAAGCAAGAUUUCUGGCUCUCACAGACCUGUAACUUCUUCUUUAAGAGGCUCCUCUGUCCUCCACUCGUUACCUGUAUUAAUGGCACCUGUUUGAACUUGUUAUCAGUAUAAAAGACACCUGUCCACAACCUCAAACAGUCACACUCCAAACUCCACUAUGGCCAAGACCAAAGAGCUGUCAAAGGACACCAGAAACAAAAUUGUAGACCUGCACCAGGCUGGGAAGACUGAAUCUGCAAUAGGUAAGCAGCUUGGUUUGAAGAAAUCAACUGUGGGAGCAAUUAUUAGGAAAUGGAAGACAUACAAGACCACUGAUAAUCUCCCUCGAUCUGGGGCUCCACGCAAGUUCUCACCCCGUGGGGUCAAAAUGAUCACAAGAACGGUGAGCAAAAAUCCCAGAACCACACGGGGGGACCUAGUGAAUGACCUGCAGAGAGCUGGGACCAAAGUAACAAAGCCUACCAUCAGUAACACACUACGCCGCCAGGGACUCAAAUCCUGCAGUGCCAGACGUGUCCCCUUGCUUAAGCCAGUACAUGUCCAGGCCCGUCUGAAGUUUGCUAGAGUGCAUUUGGAUGAUCCAGAAGAGGAUUGGGAGAAUGUCAUAUGGUCAGAUGAAACCAAAAUAUAACUUUUUGGUAAAAACUCAACUCGUCGUGUUUGGAGGACAAAGAAUGCCGAGUUGCAUCCAAAGAACACCAUACCUACUGUGAAGCAUGGGGGUGGAAACAUCAUGCUUUGGGGCUGUUUUUCUACAAAGGGACCAGGAUGACUGAUCCGUGUAAAGGAAAGAAUGAAUGGGGCCAUGUAUCGUGAGAUUUUGAGUGAAAACCUCCUUCCAUCAGCAAGGGCAUUGAAGAUGAAAUGUGGCUGGGUCUUUCAGCAUGACAAUGAUCCCAAACACACCGCCCGGGCAACGAAGGAGUGGCUUUCGUAAGAAGCAUUUCAAGGUCCUGGAGUGGCCUAGCCAGUCUCCAGAUCUCAACCCCAUAGAAAAUCUUUGGAGGGAGUUGAAAGUCCGUGUUGCCCAGCGACAGCCCCAAAACAUCACUGCUCUAGAGGAGAUCUGCAUGGAGGAAUGGGCCAAAAUACCAGCAACAGUGUGUGAAAACCUUGUGAAGACUUACAGAAAACGUUUGACCUGUGUCAUUGCCAACAAAGGGUAUAUAACAAAGUAUUGAGAAACUUUUGUUAUUGACCAAAUACUUAUUUUCCACCAUAAUUUGCAAAUAAAUUCAUAAAAAAUCCUACAAUGUGAUUUUCUGGAGAAAAAAAAUCUCAUUUUGUCUGUCAUAGUUGACAUGUACCUAUGAUGAAAAUUACAGGCCUCUCUCAUCAUUUUAAGUGGGAGAACUUGCACAAUUGGUGGCUGACUAAAUACUUUUUUCCCCCACUGUAUAUAUACUGAGAUCAUGUGACAGAUCAUGUGACACUUAGAUUGCACACAGGUGGACUUUAUUUAACUAAUUAUGUGACUUCUGAAUGUAAUUGGUCGCACCAGAUCUUAUUUAGGGGCUUCAUAGCAAAGGGGGUGAAUACAUAUGCACGCACCACUUUUCCGUUAUUUAUUUUUUUUGAAUUAUUUGAAACAACACACUUCACCAAUUUGGACUAUUUUGUGUAUGUCCAUUAGAUGAAGUCCAAAUAAAAAUCCAUUUAAAUUACAGGUUGUAAUGCAACAAAAUAGGAAAAACGCCAAAGGGGAUGAAUACUUUUGCAAGGCACUGUAUCUAAUCAGGGGAUUACGUGAACGAUAAUAGAAUGAUUGUAAUGAUUUGAUUGAUUGCUAAUCAAAGGAGCAGUUUUGAUAGCAUUGGGCCUACCAUGGAGAUGAUGGGCUUAGUUUAUCAAUACUCCUGAACAGACUCUGAACAGGAACAGGAAAUGGUUGAUGCUAACUAAGGUGUGUCCCUUUUUUUGUUGUCCCCAUGCAGGAGUGGUCUGGUGCAGGAUGACAUGCGGAUCCUGUACAAGUACCUGACGACAUCACUGUUCCCCAGACACUCCGAACCAGAGGUGUGUGUGUGUGUAGAUGGAAAAACAGUAGUGUAGAAACCUACCAAAAAACAAUUAGGCAACAACAAAUUCAAUCCCUUUUAUACACCUUCCUGGACAAAAUGUUUCACUGUAGUAGUGAAGGUGUAAACUUGGCAGUAGAAAACCUAAACAGCAUAUUUGACCGACGAAUGUAACAGGCACAAUUAGUUACAUUUACGUCAUUUAGCAGACGCUCUUAUCCAGAGCGACUUACAAAUUGGUGCAUUCACCUUAUAGCCAGUGGGAUAACCACUUUACAAUAUGUUUUCUUAUUUAUUUAUUUUUCUUUGGGGUGGGGUAAGGGGGGGUAGAAGGAUUGCUUUAUCCUAUCCCAGUUAUUCCUUAAAGAGGUGGGGUUUCAAGUGUCUCCGGAAGGUGGUGAGUGACUCCGCUGUCCUGGCAUCGUGAGGGAGCUUGUUCCACCAUUGGGGUGCCAGAGCAGUGAACAGUUUUGACUGGGCUGAGCGGGAACUGUGCUUCCGCAGAGGUAGGGGGGCCAGCAGGCCAGAGGUGGAUGAACGCAAUGCCCUCAUUUGGGUGUAGGGACUGAUCAGAGCCUGAAGGUACGGAGGUGCCGUUCCCCUCACAGCUCCAUAGGCAAGCACCAUGGUCUUGUAGCAGAUGCAAGCUGCUUCAACUGGAAGCCAGUGGAGUGUGCGGAGGAGCGGGGUGACGUGAGAGAACUUGGGAAGGUUGAACACCAGACGGGCUGCGGCAUUCUGGAUGAGUUGUAGGGGUUUAAUGGCACAGGCAGGGAGCCCAGCCAACAGCGAGCUGCAGUAAUCCAGACGGGAGAUGACAAGUGCCUGGAUUAGGACCUGUGCCGCUUCCUGUGUAAGGCAGGGUCGUACUCUCCGAAUGUUGUAGAGCAUGAACCUACAGGAUCGGGUCACCGCCUUGAUGUUAGCGGAGAACGACAGGGUGAUGUCCAGGGUCACGCCAAGGCUCUUUGCACUCUGGGAGGAGGACACAACAGAGUUGUCAACCGUGAUGGCGAGAUCAUGGAACGGGCAGUCCUUCCCCGGAAGGAAGAGCAGCUCCGUCUUGCCGAGGUUCAGCUUGAGGUGGUGAUCCGUCAUCCACACUGAUAUGUCUGCCAGACAUGCAGAGAUGCGAUUCGCCACCUGGUUAUCAGAAGGGGGAAAGGAGAAGAUUAGUUGUGUGUCGUCUGCGUAGCAAUGAUAGGAGAGGCCAUGUGAGGAUAUGACCGAGCCAAGUGACUUGGUGUAUAGCGAGAAUAGGAGAGGGCCUAGAGCUGAGCCCUCGGGGACACCAGUGGUGAGAGCACGUGGUGCGGAGACAGAUUCUCGCCACGCCACUUGGUAGGAGCGACCUGUCAGGUAGGACGCAAUCCAAGAGUGAGCCGCGCCGGAGAUGCCCAACUCGGAGAGGGUGGAGAGGAGGAUCUGAUGGUUCACAGUAUCAAAGGCAGCAGACAGGUCUAGAAGGACAAGAGCAGAGGAGAGAGAGUUAGCUUUAGCAGUGCGGAGAGCCUCCGUGACACAGAGAAGAGCAGUCUCAGUUGAAUGACCAGUCUUGAAACCUGACUAGUUUGGAUCAAGAAGGUAAUUCUGAGAGAGAUAGCAAGAGAGUUGGCUAAAGACGGCACGCUCAAGAGUUUUGGAGAGAAAAGAAAGAAGAGAUACUGGUCUAUAGUUGUUGACAUCGGAGGGAUCGAGUGUAGGUUUUUUGAGAAGGGGUGCAACUCUCGCUCUCUUGAAGACGGAAGGGACAUAGCCAGUGGUCAAGGAUGAGUUGAUGAGCGAGGUGAGGUAAGGGAGAAGGUCACCGGAGAUGGUCUGGAGAAGAGAGGAGGGGAUAGGGUCAAGCGGGCAGGUUGUAGUUUACUACACAUUGUUACCCCACAGGCUCCAGAGAAUGUUGAUAAUGAUUUGUGAAGUUAUAUUAAAGCAGGUUUUCUCCCUGUCUCUCUUCUCCACCCACUCCCUCUCUCCCUGUCUCUCUUCUCCACCCACUCCCUCUCUCCCUGUCUCUCUUCUCCACCCACUCCCUCUCUCCCUGUCUCUCUUCUCCACCCACUCCCUCUCUCCCUGUCUCUCUUCUCCACCCUCUCCCCCUCUCUCCCUGUCUCUCUUCUCCACCCACUCCCUCUCUCCCCCUCUCUCUUCUCCACCCACUCCCUCUCCCCCCUCUCUUCCUGUCUCUCUCCCUGUCUCUCUUCUCCACCCACUCCCUCUCUCCCUGUCUCUCUUCUCCACCCACUCCAUCUCUCCCUGUCUCUCUCCCUGUCUCUCUUCUUCUCCACCCACUCCCUCUCUCCCCCUUUUCUCCCUUUUCUCUCUCCACCCACUCCCUCUCCCCCCUCUCUUCCUGUCUCUCUCCCUGUCUCUCUUCUCCACCCCUCCCUCUCUCCCCUCUCUCUUCUCACACCACUCCCUCUCCCCCCCUCUUCCUGUCUCUCUCCUGUCUCUCUUCUCCACCCACUCCCUCUCUCCCUUCUCUCUUCUCACCCACACCCCCUCUCUCCUGUCUCUCUCCCUGUCUCUCUCUCCACCCACUCCCUACCCCCGCUCUCUCCCUGUCUCUCUUCUCCACCCACUCCCUCUCUCCCCUCUCUCCCUGUCUCUCUUCUCCACCCACUCCCUCUCUCUCUCUCCCUGUCUCUCUUCUCCACCCACUCCCUCUCUCCCCCUCUCUCCCUGUCUCUCUUCUCCACCCACUCCUUCUCUCCCUGUCUCUCUCCAGCUGGCUGGUAGGGACUCUCCCCUAACACCAGAGGUGGCAGGGAAUCUGCUUCACUAUGGGAGGUAAAUCCUUAAACGCCCUCUCUGGUCCCCUCCCCAUGGAGGAUUGCUGAUCAGUGUUCCAACACGACGUGUUCUUACCCCGCUGACAUUAGAUUUCUCUAUCAUCCUACACACAGACACAAAGGAGGGGGACUGACUCUGGGAUCACACUUAACAGCGAGAGAGAGGGAGAGCUAAGCUAUUUAAGAGUCCCUGUGUAGCCUAGUCCACCUUAGAGCCCUCUGUGCUUGAGAGGGAGAAAGGAGGAGAUACACUACAUGGCAAAAGUAUGUGGACACCUGCUCGUCGAACAUCUAAUGCAAAAUCAUGGGCAUUAAUAUGGAGUUGGUCCCCCCUUUAAUGCUAUAACAGCCUCCACUCUUCGGGGAAGGCUUUCCACUAGAUGUUGAAACAUUGCUGCGGGGAGCAUUAGUGAGGUCGGCACUGAUGUUGGGCGAUUAGGCCUGGCUCGCAUUCAGUGUUCUAAUUCAUCCCAAAGGUGUUAGAUGGGGUUGAGGUCAGGGCUCUGUGCAGGCCAGUCAAGUUCUUCCACACCGAUCUCGACAAACCAUUUCUGUAUGGACCUCGCUUUGUGCACGGGGGCAUUGUAAUGCUGAAAUAGGAAAGGGCCUUCCCCAACUGUUGCCACAAAGUUGGAAGCACAGAAUCGUCUAGAAUGUAAUUGUAAGCUGUAGCUUUAAGAUUUCCCUUCACUUGAACUAUGGGGCCUAGACCGAACCUUGAAAAACAGCUCCAGACCAUUAUUCCUUCUCCACCAAACUUUACAGUUGGUACUAUGCAUUCGAGCAGGUAGCAUUCUCCUGGCAUCCGCCAAACCCAGAUUCGUCCGUCGGACUGCCAGAUGGUGAAGCGUGAUUCAUCACUCCGGAGAACGCGUUUCCACUACUCCAGAGUCAAAUGGCGGCGAGCUUUACACCACUCCAGCCGACGCUUGGCAUUGCGCAUGGUGAUCAUAGGCUUGUGUGCGGCUGCUCGGCCAUGGAAACCCAUUUCAUGAAGCUCCCAACGAACAGUUAUUGUGCUGACGUUGCUUCCAGAGGCAGUUUGGAACUCGGUAGUGAGUGUUGCAACUGAGGACAGACGAUUUUUACGCACUACGCGCUUCAGCACUCGGUGGUCCCGUUCUGUGAGCUUGUGUGGCCUACCACUUCGUGGCUGAGCCGUUGUUGCUCCUAGACAUUUCCACAUCACAAUAACAGCACUUACAGUUGACCGGGGCAGCUCUAACAGGGCAGAAAUUUGAUGAACUGACUUGUUGGAAAGGUGACAUCCUAUGACAGUGCCAUGUUGAAAGUCACUGAGCUCUUCAAUAAGGCCAUUCUACUGCUAAUGUUUGUCUGUGGAGAUCGGAUGGCUGUGUGCUUGAUUUUAUACACAUGUCAGCAACGGUUGUGGCUGAAAUAGCCCUGAGAGCGUGCUGCCGCCGGUGUGAUUCGUGACUGCGAGGGGAAUUGGACACUCCAAUCCCGGGCUGACUCCUGGGAUACACAGAGAGAGAGAGAGGAUCAUUUAACAAGGAGAUUAUCCAGCAAAGGCCCCAAGGGCAGGGAGAAAUGUUAGUGUAAAUUAUGGAACGGUCGCACGCACGUACAGUACGUACGCACACACAGUAUGCAAACCCACACAGUCUACAAACCUGCUGUAGGCCCACAUAUACAUUUACAAACGGCAUUCGUGACUUGGGGAUUCACUGUAUUCAUUUGUUAUUUUUAGGCCUGCAUCACUUAAAUGUUUUGUCUCAGGCAAUUUCUAUGCUAUUAUUUGUGAGGUAAAACAGUUUUUGAUUUGUAUCAAACUAGAUUUGUUCUGUGAUUGUGAAACACCCUUGUCAUUCACAGUAAUCAUGAUGAGCUGUGAUGCAUCCUCCUUUUCAUAUCCUGUCCUCUCUCCACCCUCAGGUUUUUGACGGGACCUGCUAACCUCAAAGACCCAGAGGCCAAAUUCCGCUUCCCCAGAAUAUUUGUUAACACAGAGGACAGUUAUGAGGAGCUGCAUUUGAUCGUUUAUAAGGUGAGGAGAGGGCUGUGUUCCAAAUAGCAACAUACUCCCUAUAUAGUGCACUACGUUUGACCAUAGGGCUCUAGUCAAAAGUAGUGCAGGGCUCUGGUCAAAAGAAGUACACUACAUAGGGAAAAGGGAGGUCAUUUGGGACGCAACUAAGGAUAAGGGAACUGUGGUCUGGGUUCGUGGGAACUCGGUAGCAUUAAUUAUGGAAAUCACCCAAAGAGGCUUUAUUUUUUAUGUUUUAAAGAGAGCCAGAUGGGUAGUACUCCCAACCCAUUAUUUGUUUGGCAGACAAUUUGGUAAUCUGUUAUUAUUUCAUAACUGAAGAACAGAGGGAGGGUUUGACCCAAGUUGACCUCUUGUUGGGAAUAGACUGCUUUGUUCUCUGGUCUCUCAAAUGGCUUCCUUAAAUGAUUCAUAAAUUCAAUGUGUUUGGUAAUAGGUUCUAAAUUAUAGUAUUCCUUUCUCUAGACCCAUUGUAUUGAAACAGCACAUUGUCUGCUUUAUUUCAGUCGAUGAAUGCAGCGGUUUGUUUUAUGAUCAGCAGUGAGUAUCCUCUCAUAUAAUUUGGUCACCCCCCCCCCCCCUUUAAACAGCUGGGCUGAUGCUUAUUACAUUCUCUGAGUCGGCUGUUUCCAGUGUUCUUCCGAAUACAACAACGGUAAAUUCUUGGCAAAUUCUACAGUGUUGCCAUAUUAUGUGGACCGUGAAAUAAAAAAACGUAUUGAUUUUUAUAAGUUCCUAAAUCCAUUCUACUAAUUCUAACUGUAUGAUCAUAUUCUCUCUCUCUCCCAGCGUUGGUGGAGCUGACGAGGGAGUUCUGUGAGCAGCUGGAUGGCAUGGUGGGACCUCAGCUCACCCUGCUGGCCUCAGACAUAUGUGAACAGUACAACAUCAACCGCAGGAUAUCAGGGUCAGUACUGUUACUUUAAUCUGCAAAGCCUCUAACCUCCACUCCAAUUCCUGGGACUGUGUUGCUUCAACACGCAAUGAUAGAGAUUAUGGUCCGAAAUAUUGAAAGGGGUGUACAGUCGACCCGACCCCUCAUUAAACGUAGCAUCCGGAACCAAAUCUCACAUGCGCGCUUGCCAGAUUCGUCUUUCACAAGAGACUAACCCCUUAUAAAUACAACAGCUAGAGACUAUUGUCACAGCAUGCACUGAAGUGGAGCUUGCCCUUAUCAGGAGCAAUUGAAUGUAAUUGAAUUUGGACUGGAAGACUGUUGAGCAGCCAAACAGUUUUAUUUUAGUUGUUUUAACACGAGCCACUUCUCUGUUUGUCAGAAUGGGGACCACCAGCAGUGUUACUGUUAACAGUCACUGAAGUGAACUCAAAUCUUGCCCUACAUUUGGCUGACAAUGACGUUAAGAGUUAGAUGAGACGCCAUAUAACCAUCUGAUAUCGCAGUGUUACUCAGGGAAACAUUACUACGGCCCCAGUCUUACCCCAGGGGUUAGGCACACUGGCCUGCACUCCUUACAACAGCUUGUUUAAGAUAAGCAUGCUACUGUAACCCAAGUCUGGACUCUUAGACAAUUUGAUGAUGGGUUCCAUUUAUCAUAGUAGUGAAGAAUGGUCGGAAUUACUAAUGGCUGCCAAAAGUUCUCAGGGAGCUGGCUCAAAGCCUGACCGGAACUGUGUGGAGGUUGGUUGAGCAUGGCGCUUGCAAUGCCAAUAUAGUGGGUUUGAUUCUCGGGACUACCAAAAUGGGUAGCAUGGCUUCAAUCUAUCUAUUAUUGAUGCCUGUAGUUUGACUGUCAGUAAAACGUCCUGCUAGAGGAGUGUCCAUCUCACCUUAUUGUCAUAAUGUGUUUUUAAAAGGUAAGCGUUCAUGCCAUGGCAUCCUUCAUUGAUGAUUGGACCAAUGAACUCAAUGACCUGGAGAAACUGAUGAUGCACGAAGUAAACCGCAAUAUUGGGCCGAUUUCCACAACAACUAAGAGCGUUGAAGCACGAGGCUAACCUUCUCUGCUGUCGUGGUCCUGUAGCUUCCCAGUGUAGCAACGUGAAGCAUACAAAUGCUCAGAUACUCUGUGUGACUCUGAGAUCAAAGUCUUGCAUCGCGCUCAUCUCAAUAUCUGCGGUGCUGCUCGUGGCAACGUCAUAACGCUGAGUCUACCUUUAUCAUAACAUAUUGUGCUGGCAAGGAUAUUUUAUUUUCAUAUUGGCCUGGAAAGGUUCCAGCAACUCUGUUGAAUGCGCAAUCAGGCUAGCACAGUACAGUUCUGCUUAGUUCUGCUUGGCUCUGCUCAUCUCGGCUCAGUAGUGUGAACAGGGCAGUAGACUCUCCUCUCAUCCUUGUAAUGAUCGUCAUCCUUUCCCUCUGUGUUGUUGCAGGCCGGACAAGGACCCCCAGUUCAAGUUCAUCUACUUCAACCACAUGAACCUGGCAGAGAAGAGCACCAUCCACAUGAGGAAGACACCCAGUGUGUCUCUGACCUCCGUCCACCCAGACCUCAUGAAGAUUCUGGGAGACAUCAACUGUGACUUUGCCCGGUAAGCACUAACCACAACGACGAUGUACCACAACAAAAAUACAACCCUGUUAGGGUUAGCUCUCUGAGGCCUAGUUUUGACAGCUCUCUUUGAGUACAGUAUAUUAUAGUGACCUCAUGUUCAUGUGCUUUUUGUUGCCUCAGGGUUGAUGAAGAUGAAGAGAUCAUUGUGAAGGCAAUGACCGACUACUGGGUGGUCGGCAAGAAGUCGGACCAGAGAGAGCUGUACGUCAUCUUGAACCAGAAGAAUGUCAAUUUGAUUGAAGUUAAUGGUAGGUCCAACAUAGAUAGAUAGAUAGAUUGAUUGAAGGAAGAAUUAAUGAUUUUGUUUUCUUGGUUAUGCUUGCUGAUCCAACAGAAGAAGUGAAUAAGCUCUGUGCGACACAGUUCAACAACAUUUUUUUCUUGGACUGAAGGAAGGAAAGGAAGAACUGCACAAAGAAGAACGAGAAGGAGAAAGAAAUGGACUGUUUCACAACACUAAAACUGUCAGCAUUG